UAGGUUAGCGGCAGGUAACGAUGGCGGUCGCCGCUUCGUCUGUCGAAGAGUUAAUUAAUUAUUUUAAAUCGCACAAUAAAAUACGAGAGCAGCAGAGCCACUCGGCGAAAGUGCACAGCGUAGGAUGGAGCUGCGAUGGCAAAUACCUGGCCUCAGGCUCGUUCGACAAAUCCGUUUGCAUCUUCUCGCUAUGCCCGGAUCGUUUGAAGCAGGAAACGACUUUUAGGGGACACGGCGGCAGCGUGGAUCAGUUGUGCUGGCACGCUUUCUGUCCAGAGUUAUUAUCAACGGCGAGCGGAGACAAGACAGUCCGCAUCUGGGACACGAGGACGCAAAAGUGCACGGCGAAUAUUAGCACCAGAGGGGAAAAUAUCAACAUAUCGUGGUCACCGGACGGCAACACGAUCGCUGUAGGAAACAAGGAGGACUUGGUCACGUUCAUUGACGCCCGAGUGAUGAAGAUACGUGCAGAGGAGCAGUUCAACUUCGAGGUGAACGAGAUCUCGUGGAACAAGGAUUCCGACACGUUUUACCUGACGAACGGCCAGGGCUGCGUCCACAUACUUAGUUAUCCGGAGCUCGAAUUGCUGCACGUGAUCAAGGCGCAUCCUGGUACCUGUAUCUGCAUCGAGUUCGAUCCGACCGGCCGGUACUUUGCCACCGGGUCCGCCGACGCGCUGGUCUCCCUGUGGGACGCCGACGAGUUGUGCUGCUUGAGGACGUUCUCGCGGCUGGAGUGGCCGGUCAGGACUAUCUCCUUCUCGUACGACGGGCAGCUCCUGGCGGCGGCCUCCGAGGAUCUGGUCAUCGACAUCGGCGAGGUGCAGACCGGCGAGAAGAUUGCCGACGUGCCGGUGGAGGCGGCGACGUUCACCGUCGCGUGGCACCCAAAGCAGUAUCUCUUAGCUUACGCGUGUGACGAUAAGGAUUCGUACGACCGAAAACGCGACGCUGGUAGUCUGAAGGUGUUCGGUUUCGCGAACGAUUGAUCGUGUUUUCUACCUUUCGUUCGCGCUGCUCCCAAAAUAUUAACAAUAAAAUAUUUUAUAUGUUAACUCAUAGGUGAUAUAUUUUUCUAAUAUUGUAAAAUAUUGUGUAAUAUAAUCGCGAUCGCGAUUGAUAUGUGACAUUAAAAACUGAACGGUACUCCAAAAUUAAAAGCAAUUGUAAGCGAA